CGUGACAUCUACCAGGCGUGCCAACUAUUCACCAGAAGAAGAAUAUAAACUUUCCCCGGAAAGGAGUUCUGGCUUAGUUGAGAUGCAGAGCAGAGCCGAUCAGUCCCAUCCUCUGUUCGGAGGAGCGCUGUCAGCCGUCCUGCCUCACAGCGCCAAAGACACCAGCGAGCUGAGGGAGAUCCCAGACAACCAGGAGGUGUUUGUGCAUGAACACACCGACCAGAGCCUGAUCGUGGAGCUGGUGGAGUAUCAGAGUCAGGUGGAAAACGAAGACGCUGCAAGGUAUCACUUUGAAGACAUCGCAGGGAGUAACAAAGCUUUAGAGCCAGAUGCUUUUGAGGUGACCAGUGUUGUGCCCCUUUCCAAAUCUGAGCUGUCCCUGUCGGACUGCAGCUCUGCCUGGAUGCUGACUGGCACUCAGUGUGUGUCCAAAUUCAACGAAGAAGCGAGGAAUUCAGUGACCCUUCACCUGGGUCUCUUCCGUCUGCCACAGUUCUCCACAGAUGUCCUGAUAACCUUCAAUGACCCGCAGAGAAUCAGCCCUGAUAGCAGCAGUGCAGCUUCAGCAGAGACACACAGACAGCCAUGGACGGUGCAGGACUUCCAGCGCCUGUUGCAAACUCUGACUCUGCACAACCCAGGGCUGUUUGGAUAGAACUUCUGCUACUUCAUCAAACCCCAUGAGUUAAAUAUUUAGUCUCAAGCUCAUUUAAACCCCUGGGUUUAGCUGGGGCCCCACAGGAAUCAGGCCUGCAGCAUACUUUGGGUCCCAACCUGAAAGUUUGGGAAGCAAUUCCUUCUAGCUGUGGUCCGGUUGCUGCAUGGCACAACUCCUGUUUUCCCCUUGGUGGUGACUUUGUUGUUACAUAUAAAAAUGAAUUGAAAACCAAACAUCUCAUGAUAUGCAGAUCAGAAGUCAUAAUAAAUGUUUUUGAUAGAAAAA